UGCCUCUUCCCAUCUCACCCCUGUCCUUUUCCCCUUUCUUCCCACUAUUGCAGAUUGGACACUUAAACAAAACCCAUCUCUCAACUCAAGGAAAUCCCUGAAAGGAAACAUCGCCAGACGCCCUUGGCUAAAAUUUGUCCUGGAAGUCGAAGCACUGGCGGACCUUGGUCUUCGGGGGGCAACUCGGCAUGGUAGUGAGCUCCCCAUCUCUUUAGGAGGCCUGUACCCAGGGCCCACGAGUGAUUUGAAUUCUUCAAGAAGAGGAUGGGGAUCAACUUCGCUUGAUUUGGGGGUAGGGACAGGGGUGGGGAUUCUUUAUCUGGAUUAAGGAGCCUACGCUAGGGUUCCUUGGGGGCCGCAGGGACGCCCACCCGGGCUCCCCUCUCUUAACCAGAAAGAGCGCCGGCCCCGGAGGCUGCAGACAAUAUCCGAGGGAGUUAACAAUCGCCUCCACUGUGUGGCCGAGCGUCCUCCCCUCGCCGCCGCCCGGGAAGGUGGAUUCCGCAAUGGCAGGAUGUUCAUGAGCUGAGCUCCGCAGCUGAGAAACAUGAGAAGGUCUUUCUAUUCAUGUUCCGGGGCUGCGCACAGCCCGCUUGGUAAAUAAAGCGCAGAGGCGGACGCGGUUCGUGUGGUUAGCGCCCGGGAUCUAUGCAUAGAAAACAUGUGGUGGGGAUGGGAACGGGCAUAGCAACCAAGCUGGAUUAUUACCCGCGGAAGAGAGCCACCCGAGCCCGCGGCAACAGAAAUCAAGUCAUCUGGACUUCCAAACUGCACGUCUCCUAGUCGCUGUGGCCGCGAAACGCCGGCCUCCCAGCUUGGACCAUGAACACCAUCGUUUUCAACAAGCUCAGUAGCCAAGUGCUUUUUGAGGACGGCGGCACCAAGGAAAGGGAGCGGAGUGGUCGACCCUACAGCGGAGUGCUGGAUGGGGCCCAUCACCACCAUCCGGAGGUGGUCAUUCCCGACAGCCCAUCAAUCAAAGAUAACCUCAGUCUCAGACACAGGAGGACAGGGGCUCGGCAGAAUGGAGGGAAGGUGAGGCACAAGCGGCAGGCCCUACAGGACAUGGCAAGGCCCCUCAAACAGUGGCUUUACAAGCAUCGUGACAAUCCAUACCCCACCAAGACUGAGAAAAUCCUCUUAGCCCUAGGCUCCCAGAUGACCUUGGUGCAGGUGUCAAACUGGUUUGCUAAUGCAAGACGUCGCCUUAAGAAUACUGUCCGGCAACCAGAUCUGAGCUGGGCUUUGCGAAUAAAACUCUACAACAAAUAUGUGCAAGGAAAUGCAGAAAGACUUAGUGUGAGCAGCGAUGAUUCAUGUUCUGAAGAUGGAGAAAAUCCCCCAAGAAACCACGUGAAUGAAUCAGGGUAUAAUAACCCAGUUCACCAUGCAGUAAUUAAAACAGAGAGCUCUGUGAUCAAAACUGGAGUGAGACCGGAGCCCGUCCCCAAUGAGGACUACGUGUCACCCCCCAAAUACAAGAGUAGCUUGUUGAACCGAUACCUUAAUGACUCUUUGCGACACGUCAUGGCUACAAAUGCGGUGAUGAUGGAAAAAACGAGACAGAGAAACCAUUCGGGGUCAUUUAGUUCCAAUGAAUUUGAGGAGGAGUUGGUGUCUCCAUCAUCAUCAGAAACUGAAGGCAACUUUGUCUAUCGAACAGACACUCUGGAAAAUGGAUCCAAUAAGUGUGACAGCGCAGCUAACAGAAAGGGAGCAAGUAAAGAUGAAACCUACUGGAAGGAGAUCAAUGCAGCUAUGGCCUUAACUAAUCUGGCACAGGGAAAAGACAAACUGCAGGGCACCACAAGCUGCAUCAUUCAGAAAUCAUCACAUAUAUCAGAGGUCAAGACUGUCAAAGUGCCACUAGCCCAACAAUUUUAAGCGCUUGUUGCCCGUGGGAUCCGAUGAACAUUCCUCACGUCAUUUGUAUUUCUGUAAAGAGAGACCCCGAAACCUGGAGCAAGCGCGAAAACCGUUCCCUCCCCGACAUGGUCAGUAAAGCAGUUACUCCCUUCAGACUUUUUGGUAUUCUUUUUUUUAAUUAUAUGAAAUAAAUUGUCCAGUUGCUUCUAUAAAAGACAUAUAAAUUAUAAAAAAUCAGUUUUUAUCAAAAUAUUAACUUAUUUUAUGUUACUCAAACUAUGCAUAAAAUGUCUGCAUUGCUAUUACAAUAAGUGCCUUGCUUUCCAAAAAUAAGCUAUAACGUGGGCAUAGCAGAAUAGCUAUGCCUCAAAAUAACAAUGCCAUAAGCUUAUUAGUCUAUGUAUUAUUCCAGAUGGGCCUGACCAUUCCAGGGCUGAAACCCUAACUGCUGAACGCCCUUGAAAUGUAUUCAGUAUUUCACGUUUUGAAAACUUACAGAUCUGUUCAGCCUAAAGGAAAUGUCCACCUUUAAAAAAAUAUUCCACAGUAUUAAGUAUGGUCCAAUGUAUCUUUCAGAGUGGCAUUAAGGUUGUUGUGCAUGUUUCUUGCUUGUCUAUGCAGUACGUUAUCCACUACCCCCAUAACUCACUUCCUUGAAAAGUGCAAUACUCCACAUAAUGUGUAUAUUUAAGAAACAGUGUGUCCAAAUUAAUUUAAGAGAUUAAACUAUGCACCAUGUUCAGUAGAUGUCUCUUGUGGCAACCUUCACCAGAAAACUCCCUCCACCCAGCUGAAAUUUUACUUUGGAUUUUUUUUUCUUUCUUGAGCUUUGCUACACACUGUUUAAAGUCGUUAAAUAAAUAACCAAAAAAAAAAUCUUUUUUGUACAGAAGUAAAUUUGUAGUCCUGUAUUUUGCUUGUCUUGGAACUCAGUCUCUUGCCAUGAUGGAAACACUUAUUAGAGCUAUGGUAUGGUAGCUCAGCGUUGGUUUGAUUUGUGUGAAACCAGGGAGUCUAAUGGAUAAUCUGCCUUUCAAGGAGCAAAAAACAGUGUGAUAAAUAUUUGUGUGUAUGGAUGUGUGUAUGCACAGCCAAACACACACACACACACACACACACACACACACAAUAAAGUCAACCCGCAAAUUAAAAGCAUAUGGUCCCUGAAAUAUUGAAAGGUCAUUACAUUUUGCCAAGGAGAUUAAGGGCCGAUAUGAAAUCAUGCAUUAAAGAAAUGACAGCUCAUAUUGUGAAAUAAAAUUGACAUUGAGUGAAAAGAAUAAAUACAAAAGUAGGGUGGGGGGAGUAACACCAUAUUUUUUUUUUGGUCAAAUAAUAAUAUCCUAAUCAGCUUGGGAACACUUGAAUAAACAGUGGAAAUUCUGAAUAUGACUUAGAGUAUACCAAUUACAGGAAGAUGAAAAAGGUUUGAUUAUUUGGGGGAUGGGAUAGGGAUUUAUUUUUUCUAUUUGUAACCUUUUUUGUUCCUUACCAGAAACAAAAAACCAAAAACUGGAAUAGUAUGUAUGUGUGUAUGUGUGUGUGAGAGAGAGAGAGACAUCACACAAACACCCCAAUAAUGCAUCCAAAUGGUACAAUUCUCCUCUGUGUUUCAGAAUACUUUUACAAAACCUUGUCUGCUCCAUUGUACUAAAUUAUUUGAGAGACAGAAAAAAACCCAACAUCCAUCUUGUAACUUAUAGGACACUUUUUGUUGUAAUAUAGCCUUGGGGGGUUGGGGUUAUUUAGUGUGUGAUAAAGAUAAUUUGAUAUGAAAAUAUUUUGUAUAUAUAUUUUUUACUUUGUUUUUCUAAAUUGCUGUUUGCAAUGACAUUUAAGUGCCACGCAAGAAGUAUACACCACGACUGUAUGAACAAAUGGAGUAUGUGUUUUGUGGUUUUUAGGUAGGUAGAGUUCCACGAUGCUUUUUUGAUAACUUUACAUCCAGAAUUUUGCCAUGAUAUGAACGGGUAGCUGAAAACUAACGACAAAUACUUCACUCUUGUUCAUACUAUCUAUCAUAAGUUAUUCAGGCAUUAAGUAUUUCGUGACGAUACUUUGUUUUUGUUUUGACAAACAUUUCAGUUCAAGGUAUGCGGAGUGUUUUCAUUGGAAUUACUGAUCAUUCAGCACUGUCAUCUUUUUUUUUUUUUAAUUUAGCAGCAGUAAAUUAGUUUUUGGAUAUAAGUGUAGAAGAUAAGCCAUUGUUGAACAUGUGUUUUUGGUUGUUGUUUUUUGUUUUUUAAUCGCCGAAGUGUGGAGAUUGGUCCGUAAACACGUUAAGUCCAUUUUACAAUUAACGAAUACUUGGCAUUAUUUCCUACUGUAAUUAUCUUUAAUUUAUUUUUCCUUUUGCUGCUUAACAUUUUCUGGAAAUGCAAAUGCUUCUUCUCUCCCCCCAACAUUUCCUUUUAAAAGAAGAAUCUAGAACAACGCUGAGCCAACAGCUGAAAAUCAAAGUCAUAAUUUAUAUUGUAGAGAAACGUUAUUACCGCUGUUCCUU